AUGGAGCAGGCCCAGGGGCCAGAGCCACCCAGGGCGCAGCAACUGGGUGGAAAAGAGGAGGGCCCUGGGGCCAUACUGGCCCAGCAGCUGCAGACUCCAAAGACAGACGUCCCCUGCCCUGGAAUUCCCAUGGAGAAGGUGGAAGUGGACCACAGAUCCAUCUAUGUGGGCGAUAUGGACUCCGGGGGCGCCACUGAGGAGCUGGAGGCCUAUUUCAACCAUUGCGGGGAGGUCCAGCGUGUCACCAUCCUGUGUGACAAGUUCUCCGGAUACUCCAAAGACUAUGCCUACAUAGAAUUUGCCACUGAGAGCACAGGCCAGGUUGCUAUGGAGCUGGACGAGAGAAUUUUCCGAGGCCGGGUCAUCAAGGUGCUGCCCAAAAGGACCAACUUACCAGGGAUCAGCUCCACGGACUGA